AUGGCUCCCGCUGCUGUUUCGACCAUCGCCCGCGACCGUCUGGAUACUGUCUCACGCCACAUCAUGACGCCCAGCUUCUUCACCCCCGCGGCUGUGCCCAAGGCUCCAGAAGACCCUCUGUUUGGUCUCGCCGCUGCCUGCAGAGCUGACACCUCCGACAAGAAGAUAGAUCUCGGUAUCGGUGCCUACAGAGACUCCGAUGCAAAGCCAUGGGUCCUCCCCGUUGUCAAGAAGGCCGACCGAAUGCUGCGGGAAGACCCCAAGCUCAACCACGAAUACCUUCCUAUCGCCGGACUCAAGGACUUCACCACUGCUGCUCAGAAGCUCAUCCUCGGCGAGAACUCCCCUGCCAUCAGAGAGAACAGAGUCGUCACCUUUCAGACAAUCUCAGGCACCGGUGCCGUCCAUCUUGGAGGCCUGUUCAUCUCCAAGUUCUUCCCAUCCACUCCCAAGCCCACCAUCUACCUCUCCAACCCAACAUGGCCCAACCACCCUCAGAUCUUCAAGACCGUCCAGCUCGAGUCGGCCUACUACCCUUACUUCAACCCGGCCAACAAGGGCCUUAACCUCGAGGGCAUGCUCAAGGCCAUCCGCGCGGCUCCCUCUGGCUCCGUCAUCCUCCUUCACCCAUGCGCCCACAAUCCCACCGGUGUAGAUCCCACCCAGCACCAGUGGAAGCAGAUUGCCACUGUCAUCCGCGAACGCAACCACUUCCCCUUCUUCGACUGCGCUUACCAGGGUUUCGCCUCCGGUGACCUCGCCCGUGACUCCUGGGCUGUCCGUUACUUCAUCUCCGAGGGCUUCGAGAUGUGCGUCUCCCAGUCCUUCGCCAAAAACUUCGGUCUCUACGGCGAGCGUGCUGGUGCCUUCCACUUCAUCACUGCUCCCGGACCGAACGCCGCCGAGGCCCUCUCCAAUGUUGCCUCCCAGCUUGCUAUCCUGCAGCGCUCCGAGAUCUCUAACCCCCCUGCCUACGGUGCCCGCAUUGCCUCUCUCAUCCUCAAUGACGCCACCCUGUUCAAGGAGUGGGAGGAGGAUCUCCGCACCAUGUCCGGCCGUAUCGUCGAGAUGAGAAAGGGUGUCCGAGAGCGUCUCGAGGAGAAGGGCACCCCAGGUACCUGGGACCACAUCACCAACCAGAUUGGCAUGUUCAGCUUCACCGGUCUCACCGAGGAGCAAGUCCAAAUCCUCCGUGAGAAGUGGCACAUCUACAUGACCAAGAACGGCCGUAUCUCCAUGGCUGGCCUUAACGUCCACAACAUCGACUACUUCGCUGAGGCAGUCGAUGCCGUCGUCAGAGAAACUACCAAAUAG